ACGCAACCUCGUAAUCAGACUACAAAUCUUAAUUUUGAAAAAUAAUAAUAAAAAAAAAACAGAGGAAAUCCGAACAAAGCUUCCCUUCAUACUGGAAACUCGAAAAACAAAUCAAAUUCCAAAAAAAAAAAAUCGAAAAAAAAAUGAUGAGGUAUGGCGGUUCAAGGAGGAAGCGAGCUAUGGUACGGUGGUUUCUAAUUCUCUGCGCAGCUUUUACUUUCAUAAGCUGGCUGAUGCUGCUGACGCUAAGAUCCGUCGACGCACCGCCGACUACGACGAUGGCGAAUGGGGCGAUGCGGGAUUUGCCUGCCCAGCUGGAGCUCCGGGAGCUCAAAAGAGACGGCAUUUUGUCUUCUGCUGAGGCGCCGAAGAAAGCUCCGGCGAAGAGCUGUGCCACGGUGGAGGAAAUGGGGAAGGUUUUUAAAGGAAGGAUUUUGAAGGAGAGUCUUAGAGUUCGAAGGAUUAUUCAUCAUCACUUUUCUAUAAAUGGUGCUCCAAGAAUUCGUGAGCUUCCUCCAGAACAGUUCUGUAGACAUGGGUUUGUAAUAGGAAAAGCAUCCGAAGCCGGGUUUGGAAAUGAAAUGUAUAAGCUAUUAACUGCUGCAGCAUUAAGUGUAAUGUUGAACCGAUCACUGAUCAUUGGGCAAACCAGGGGUAAAUAUCCUUUUGGGGAUUACAUUUUGUAUUCCAAUCUCACCUUUACACUGAGAGAAGUGAAGCAUCUAUGGAGACAAAAUGGCUGUGUAAAAGAGUAUGGAAGGCAUCUGGUAAUGAGGACUGAUGAUUUUGAGAAGCCGGCAAAAACAAAUGCCCUCUGUGGCAAUUGGAGGAAGUGGCGCCAACCUAUCAUAUGGUAUCAAGGCACCACAGAUGCUGUAGCAGCUCAGUUUUUCUUGAAGAACAUACAUCCUGAUAUGAGGAAUGCUGCUUCUGAGUUAUUUGGAAAGCCAGAUUCUCUUCGUUCACGCCCUAAUGUAUUUGGAGAACUCAUGAGAAUUCUCAUUUCUCCUUCAAAAGAUGUUGAGGAAGCAGUAAAUUGGGUUCUUGGUGGUGGUACGGACCCUGAUAUUACAUUGCAUAUGCGGAUGCUUAUGAAUAGGUCGGUGAGAGCUGCACAGGCUGCAUUGAACUGCCUCAAAAGGGCAAGACGUAACUCACAGCAAGUGUCAAGACCCAGGGUGGUUGUAAUAUCUGAUACCCCUUCUUUUGUAAGAAGCAUUACACCAAAUAUAAGUGAAUUUGCUGAGGUUCUUCAUUUUGAUUAUAAACUUUUCAGUGGUAAUGUGUCUUAUGCUAUUAAAACAUCACCAAAUUUGGAUUUUAGAGUGAAAGAUUGGGGCCCCGCACCCAGGUGGGUUGCUUUUGUGGACUUCUUUCUUGCUUCUCGUGCAAAGCAUGCAGUUGUUUCUGGGGCUUACAGACGUGUUGCGACUACCUAUGCUCAGUUAAUUGCUGCACUGGCUGCGGCAAACAGUAUAGGGGAAAAUUCUACAGGUUCAAGUUUUUCUUUCCUAAGUAGCUUCCAGGGUAAUUUGUUGGCAGAAGGUUUGAAGCUUCAGGUGGGUUGGGGACAUGUAUGGAACCGAUUUGCAGGGCCAUUGAGUUGUCGGGGGCAGUCGAAUCAAUGUGCUUUCACACCUCUUCUUCCUCCAGCUUGGUGGGAGGGAAUCUGGCAAUCUCCCAUUCCGCGUGAUAUUCAUAGGCUGGAGCAAUACGGUGUCCAACUCUCAGGCUUUGGAACAACAGAUGAAAAUCAGCUUCGUUCUUUUUGUAGUUCUAGGAAAAAUAUUGUGAAAACUGUUUUAUACGUAUAGAUGUAAUUGCUGAAGCUGCCUGCAAUUGUUUAUAUGCAUUAUUUUUCUGCCGUUAGUAUUA